GUUACAACUAAAAACAUAUGACAGUCACUUCAGCUGUCAAAUUUAUGUAACAAAACCUAAAAUUAAAAAAAAAAACAGAUUUUUGUGAUUUGUUCGUGCCCAAAAUUACCCAAAACAAUGUAUUCCUGUAGAUUUUUAAAGCAAGUGUUAAUACCGGCGGCAGCAUUAGUAGCUGAAGAAAAAUAUCAACAAGAUGCCCAAAAACGAAAUUUAUGUCGACCGAGUGAUUUACCAAUCUACGUCCCAGACCCUCCACCAGUCCCCAAAGAUGCUGAACCAACAGUUCCAAGUUAUCUGGAAAACGGUUUUGCUACAGUAAGAGAACAAGUUACAAAUGUUUAUAAAGAAGUUAAAGCGUACCAGAGGGUCGGUAUGGACUACCUUGAACAAAGCAAAGACAAUGCAGAAUGGCUGCUCAAAUAUUUGAGACAGGAAGACAACACCACUCCCAAAGCUGGGGCUAUAGCCAUUGGUGGCUUGACAGGUUUUAUUUUCGGACUGAGAGGGCGGUUUUUCAAACGCACAUUGUAUACUGCGACUGGGGCCCUUGGCAUGGCUGCAGUCUGCUACCCCAAAGAGGCGUCAGAGUAUUCGCAAAUUGCCAUCGCAGAAGCGAGGAAAUAUGCGGUGAUUGCGUACAACUUUGCAUAUGGUGUUAAAAAGGAUGAUCCACCACUGGAACUUCCAACUCUACCAAAGCUUCCUUCCAGUUUGACUGAAGCUUGGGAUACAGUCACCAAAUCAGCCUCAUCUCUUGUUUCAGGAGGCGAAAUGGAAAAACAGGUAACUGAAACUGCUAGCAGUGUUGUAAGUGCACAAGAAUUAACUGAAGCUGAUGCACAAUUGAUCGUUUCUAAAACGCAUGAAACGACUUCACAGUCUUGUCAUUGUCCAAUAGGAGCUUGUCUUGGACAUCACGAUGAAAAUAACGCCCCCUAAAUUAUUUUAAAUUUGCUAAUGAACCCUCAAACUGCAGGAAAAGGAAAAUAAUGUACUGUAAAUGACCGUGAAACGUCUACGAUUAAAUUAUUACGAAAG